GGCGGCGCGGCUUCUGCCGCUGUCCCGGGCCCGGCGGAGCGCGGGGGAAUCCGGCUGAGGCGGCCCCAGCCCCGACCGCGAGCACCGGUCUGAGAAGAUAGAAUCUCAAUAAAGUGAGAUGCUGCCUUAAGUCUCAAGCCCAGCACUUGAUUGGAUGAUCAUCUGGUGUUUCUGCAGGAAAAGCAAAUCCUCAGGUUCUCAGCCAUGUUCAGCACAUCCCAGUCAUCCCGAGCCCAGUUCCUGGACAAAGCCCGUCAGGCCAGGGAAGAGAGGCGGGGACAGAAGGAGAAGGAGCGGGCUGCGGUGCAGAUACAGGCCCUGGUACGCAGGUUUCUGUGCAGGUGCCGCUUGCAGAGAGACAUUAGGAAAGAGAUUGAUGAGUUUUUUGACUCUAUUGAUCCAACUGGAGCCAAUAAAAGAAGUGCGCUUUCUCUUUUUAAGAUUGCCCGGAAGCUGCUGUUUAUAUUCAGAGCUCGAGAGGAUGAGCUGAGGUUUGGAAUGUUGUGCCGGUGUAUCCUGAGCAGCAUGGAAGCUGAGAAUGAACCGAAGGUGUGGUACGUGUCCCUGGCUCUUUCCAAAGACCUCACUCUCCUCUGGAUCAAGCAAAUCAAGGACAUCCUGUGGAUCUGCUGCAAGUAUCUGAAGUACCUCAAGCCUGACAUCCUACAGGACUCCAAACUGAUCUCACUGUACCUCACCCUGCUAGUUAACUUCACAGACACAUCAACGUGGAAAAUCGUCCGGGGAAAAGGGGAGAGCCUUCGGCCUACCAUGAACCAUCUCUGUGCAAACAUAAUGGGACACCUCAACCAGAAUGGAUUGUAUUCUGUUCUGCAGAUCCUGUUAAGAAAUGGGCUGGCGAGGUCCAGACCGUCUCUGACCAGAGGCAUGUUAGCUGCAAUCUUCACUCUGGCUUCCCGCCCUGUGAUUGCUGCUCAUUUUUCGGACAAUCUCUUACGCCCGUUCCUCAUCCACAUCAUGUCAGUGCCUGCCUUCGUGGCGCACCUCAGCAUGCUGGCCCCCAAGCGCCUCGUUGUGCUGGAAUACCAUGACUUUCUUCGUAAGUUCAUUCUGUUUCUGAGUCGCAAAGAUCGCUGUGCGGACGUCUGCGAGUGCUUGGAAGGGAGCCACACUCUGUGUUUACUGGGCAACAUCAUCCACUUGGGCUACCUAACGAGCCACGUGCUGGAGGAGGAGACCAAGCACUUUGUGAAGGUGCUCAUCGAGAUGCUCUCCUACUGCCAGCAGUACGUGUCCCUCAAGAGGUCCAACCUGACGCACUGGCACCCAGUGCUGGGCUGGUUCUCCCAGUCGGUGGACUAUGGUCUGAACGAAUCGAUGCCUUUGCUCACCAAGCAGCUGCAGUACCUGUGGGGAGUCAGGAUCAUCCGCAUUCUCUUCCGAGACAUCCUCAGCAAGAAGCUGCUGGAGAACCCUGAGACCAGUCACGCCGCGGCUACGGCCUCCACCUCCCCCCCCAGCAGCCUCCCUGUGAAGAGUCUCUUCAAGCGCGCAUUCCAGAAGUCCUCGUCAGUCCGGAACAUCCUCAAGCCCAUCGGCGGGAAGCGCGUGGAUUCGCCAGAAGUUCAGAAGGUCUGCAACGUGUGUGUGCUCUACCAGACCGCGCUGACCACCCUGACCCAGAUCCGGCUGCAGAUCCUGACAGGCCUCACUUACCUAGAUGAGCUCCUGCCCAAACUGUGGGCAUUUAUCUGUGAGCUGGGACCCCAGGGGGGCUUGAAGCUCUUCCUGGAAUGUCUGAACAGCGACAACGAAGACUCCAAGCGGCUGCUGGCCAUGCUGACCUUGUUCUGCGACUGCUCCCGGCACCUCAUCACAAUUCUCGAUGACAUCGAGGUGUACGAAGAACAAAUCUCAUUCAAGGUUGAAGAGCUGGUCACCAUCUCGUCGUUCCUGAACACAUUCAUCUUCAAAAUGAUCUGGGACGGGCUCCUAGACAAUGCCAAGUCAGAGACCCUGGAGUUAUUCUUCUCGGUUCACGGGUGGCUGAUGGUGCUGUACGAAAGAGACUGCCGUCGGCGCUUUGCCCCUGACGAUCACUGGCUGCGGAAGGAUCUCAAACUCAGUGUGCUUUUCCAGGAACUGGAGAAGGACAGGAAGCGUGCCCACCUGAUCCUGCAGUUUAUCCCCCAUGUCAUUCCCCACAAAAACAGGGUGCUCCUCUUCCGCAACAUGGUGAUCAAGGAGAAGGAGAAGCUCGGGCUUGUGGAGACCAGCUCGGCGUCCCCUCACGUCACGCACAUCACCAUCCGAAGGUCGCGGAUGCUGGAGGAUGGCUACGAGCAGCUGCGACAGCUCUCCCAGAACGCCAUGAAAGGGGUGAUCCGAGUGAAGUUUGUCAAUGACCUGGGGGUGGAUGAGGCCGGCAUCGACCAGGAUGGGGUCUUCAAAGAGUUCUUGGAAGAAAUCAUCAAGAGGGUGUUUGACCCUGCGCUCAAUCUGUUCAAGACCACCAGUGGGGAUGAAAGACUCUACCCGUCGCCCACGUCCUACAUCCACGAGAACUACCUGCAGCUCUUCGAGUUUGUGGGGAAGAUGCUGGGCAAGGCUGUGUAUGAGGGGAUCGUGGUCGAUGUGCCUUUUGCGUCCUUCUUCCUAAGCCAGCUGCUGGGACACCAUCACAGCAUCUUCUACAGCUCGGUGGAUGAACUGCCUUCCUUAGACGCAGAGUUCUACAAAAACCUCACUUCCAUUAAGCGCUACGACGGAGACAUCAGCGACCUGGGCUUGACACUGUCCUAUGACGAAGACGUGAUGGGCCAGCUUGUUUGCCAUGAACUGGUUCCUGGAGGGAAGACAAUUCCUGUGACAAAUGAAAAUAAAAUUAGCUAUAUUCACCUGAUGGCCCAUUUCCGGAUGCAUACUCAAAUCAAAAACCAGACAGCGGCUCUCAUCAGUGGCUUCCGCUCCAUUAUCAAGUCGGAAUGGAUUCGGAUGUUUUCGACCCCUGAGCUGCAGCGCCUGAUCUCCGGUGACAAUGCAGAGAUUGACCUCGAGGACUUGAAGAAGCACACUGUGUACUAUGGUGGUUUUCAUGGGAGCCAUCGAGUCAUCAUUUGGCUGUGGGACAUUCUAGCCAAUGACUUUACCCCAGAUGAGAGAGCUAUGUUUCUGAAGUUUGUGACCAGCUGUUCCAGGCCCCCACUUCUAGGAUUUGCCUACCUCAAGCCCCCCUUCUCUAUCCGCUGCGUCGAAGUCUCAGACGACCAGGACACAGGAGACACUCUGGGCAGCGUGCUCAGGGGCUUCUUCACCAUCCGCAAGAAGGAGCCGGGGGGCCGCCUGCCCACCUCCUCCACCUGCUUUAACCUGCUCAAGCUGCCCAAUUACAGCAAGAAGAGCAUCCUUCGGGAGAAGCUCCGUUACGCCAUCAGCAUGAACACCGGCUUUGAGCUCUCGUAACCCGCCCCGUCCUCCCCUCGCCCCUCACGGCGCAGCGGACAGAAGGACCUCGGGGGCGCCUGGAGCAGCACGGGGGGCUGACCAGGGGAUCACUUACAGGAGAUGCUGUCCGUGCCACUGAGAAGGCCGGGCUCGGAGAGGAGGAGGGAGGGUCGGCCCAGCGUGGGCUCAGAGACGGCUCUCUCUGAGCCUGGUCUCUGGGCUCGCUUGGCCCCCUCCCCUUCUCCCUGGCCUGUUUUGUCGAUCCAUCCGGAAGCUGUUUGAGCGGGGCAGCGCGGUCAGCGUCCCCGGUUCUGAAGCCAAGAGGAGAGUCACCCAGCCAGGCCUGCCCUGAAGUGUCUCGGGACCCCUCGCUCAGGUUGGGCUUGGCAGCCAUGACAUCCCAAGCCAUCUCACAUCGCAUGAAGACCCUCCCCCAGACCCCACCACUCGUGGGUGUCUGUCAGGCAGCCCGGGGAGGCGAGUGAAAUGGGGACUUUCUGCCUGGUGGGAGUGGGAAAGCCCCAGAGAUCGUUCCUGGCCGCUGCUCAGGGCCCCUCUCCGGCUCUAGGCAUCUAGCCCCCCACAACCCCCCUCUCACCACAUUAAAAGAAAGUACUCCAGCCUGAUGCUUCUUGCAGACAUUUCCGAGUUCCCCUCCAGGGUCGAAUGUUUUGGGGCUUGUGCCGUCUCCUCGUGGGCGGAGCUCCUCCCCUCCCCACCAUGGCUUCAUUUCCAUCACUUGUGACUCCCCCCACCUCACAGAGGAGUUUUGAGAACCAGCCCCUGCCCCAAGGGGGCCAGGACCCUCCCUUCCCACCCCUUGUGUAGUAAGAAGCUGCCCCUCUGGCCCAGCCCAGAUCAUCAGCCUUCCCCCCAGACUUGGUAUUAUCAGACAAAGCUUAAAGUCCCCCCGCACCCCCUGCUGCUGAAAAAUACAAGGCUUAGAGACAAAGAGCCCAGAACCCUCAGUGUCCGGUGGGUGUGGCGAGCUCAUCCUCGGCCUUCGUGAAAGUACUUUGCUUUACGUGCUGCUGGGAGCCUGCGCGGGGUCCUGAUGGGGCAGGGGCGAUGAGCGGCAGGGCCAUAGGCCCUUUUGAGCUGCCCAGGUUAUGUUGGCAUAAUGUGGCCACAGCACUCAGAACUGGCCCCGGCCACAGAACUGGGCCAGGCUAGAGCCGGCCACACCGUCAGGGAGGCAGCGGGGGCUCCUGAGCCAGGAGGCACCAGGGAGGGUCCCCAAUAGGAGCGAGCCCACAAAGAGAGCCGUUGAUUUUGUGUUGGGAAUCACCAUGUUGGAAAGCUGUGAGUCCCCCUCCCUAAAACGUUCCUAACACUUUUCUGAUCCUACCACGUGAAAAGAGCUCGUCGGUUCACCCUGUGAUAGCAUCGCCUUGUGAUUCCCAUGAAGAUUGCCCCAAGAUUGUGUGGGUGUGGGCACUCAGUGGUCAAAAACGCACCUGGUCUUAGGACCGGAAGACGGGGCACAGCUGCCAUCUUGGUUUUCAUUUCCAGUGAGUCAUGGGAGUUCCUGGCAGAGGUUGGGGGGGAGAGGGCUCCGUUGACUGGAUAAAACUUUCAACCUUUUCAAUAUUGCACUAUCAGAAACGCUGAAUCUUUGUUUUAAGCGGAUGUACAAACCGUGAUUCUUGAAUCUUAGCACUCUGAGGACUACAGAAAGGUGGGGGGUUUUCAUAACUAACUUAUAAAGAUGGGAUCAAAGUCUAUUAAAUUUUUACUUCAUCGGA